ACCCGACGCACAUCCAUUUUCCCCUUCUGAGAGAUGACGAAGUAUGAGUCUAGGUGGGAAGCAGUCCUGAUGAGGAGGAGGAGGAGGAGCAGGAGGAGAAACCACUGGCUGUGACAGUGACAGUUGCUACUCUCCCCGGCUUCUUCUUCCUCAUCAUCAUCUUCAUCAGCAGCAGCAGCAGCUUCAGCCUCAUGAGCUGCUGAAGCAGGAGCAGGAGCAGGAGCAGGAGCAGCGCCCGUCGACAGCUUGGAGGAGAAAUUACGCAUCUUUCAGGAGUCGCUCCACUCGAGGGGGGAGAUGGAGAGAUUGCAGUUGACCAAACGUAGGGAUCAAGAACUAGAUCUUUGUUUAUGACACGAACCCGAGUUCAUGCAUCAACAGGGACUAUUUAAAGAAGAAACGACUUCACCUUCUGAACCCUGAAGAAACAUGGAUGUACCAGCAUCUUCGCUCCAGUACGGAUCCAAAAAGAGGGUUAAGAUUCACCCAAACACAGUGACAGUGAAAUAUGCCACUCACUUUCCUCAGCCUGGCGACGAAGGGUACGAUGAUGCACCCUCUUUUGAGGAAUUUGGCGCCUUCGCAGAGGCUAACGUGGACAAGAGACUUGUCUCAGACAGCAAAGGUGGCAGGACUUUCUUUGGGACCAUGGAGACCCCACCUAAGCCGCCAAGUGUGCAAAGAGACAAGGGGGUCGGGGGUCAGCUGGCGAGCUUCGGCGAGGCGAAUGUGUUGGCCUCCAGGGUGACCUGGAUGGCCUUAUUUGGGGCCGCCGUGGCUCACGGUUGUGUGGCACUGAUUACUCGUUUAGCAGCCGACCGCUCUAAAGUGCCCUCCCUCGAGCUGCUCUUCAUCCGCUCUGUGAUCCAAGUGCUGUCCAUCCUGGUGGUCUUCUACUACCACGAGGCCCCCUUUGGCCCUAAGGGCUACCGCCUGCGUCUCUUCUUCUACGGCAUCUGCAACGUUAUCUCCAUCACCUGCGCCUACACCUCUUUUGCCAUAGUACCCCCGAGUAAUGGCACCCUCAUGUGGCGUGCCUCUACCACAGUCUUCAGUGCAGUACUGGCCUUCCUGCUCCUGGAUGAGAGGCUGGGCUACACAGAUGUGGUCACGGUGGUGGGCAGCGUGUUUGGUCUGUGUCUGGUCAUGGUGCCAAACGUAGCGGACGAGGAGAAGUCCAGGUUGACCUUUUGGAAGGAGGCCUUUGGCUAUACAAUGACAGUGGUGGCCGGUUUGACAGCUGCCCUCUCCAUGAUCGUCUACAGAGCCAUUAAGGAGCGCGUGAGCAUGUGGACUGCACUCUUUACCUUCGGCUGGACAGGCACAGUGUGGGGCGCCUCCACCAUGUUUAUCAUGCAGGAGCCCAUCAUUCCUCUCGAUGGGGAGACCUGGGGCUAUUUAAUUGGGAUCUGUAUCUGCUCUACCGUGGCGUUCUUGGGAGUAUACUAUGCCCUAAACAGGUUUCAUCCAGCCUUAGUCAGCACCGUGCAGCACCUCGAGAUCGUGGUUGCCAUGUUCCUCCAGCUCAUUGUCCUGAGAAUGAUCCCGUCCGUCUACGACGUCAUCGGAGGCCUGGUCAUCAUGAUCAGCGUGUUCACCCUGACAGGAGUGAAGCUGUACAGGGUGAGCAGGGCCGUUCGGCAGGAUUAUCAAGAGAUCCUGGACUCGCCCAUCAAAUGAGUUUCAAUAUGUCAAGUCUGUUUGUUUACAAUGUUGCUUGGUUGUGCAAUUUAAAGAAUGUCUGGGUCUUGAUUCUGAUGAUUUUGUAUUGUUGUGUUGUUGGAAGAGUACCAGUUGUGUAACUAAUGUCUUAAUAUUUGUGUGUGAAAUAAAAGACAAAUGUAAUGUGGUGACUAUUUCCCCCUGAUGAUACUGAUUUUGAUGUCAAAUUGUGUCACAGACCAAAAUGUCAGCAAAAAAAGGAGGAAUCAGUUACAUUUUUUUCUUGCGCCAAUAUUUGAAAUCAUAUGAAAUCUGGUCUUGUGAGUGGCAGUGUGUGAACAUUGUUUGAUUGACAUACACCUUUUACAAUCAUGACAUCAAGGAGGUGUGUUGCAUCCCUCUGUUGUCACGCUGCCACACUUGUCACACUGUGUAAAUGUCAGCCCAGAACUCAUUCAUACUACGUACAAGGAUUGAAAGAAUAAAAAUAAAUACCACCCACUUUUUAUAAAA